AUGCUUACACUCGUCAUAGUCGUCCUGGCCACGCUGGUUGGCGGCUCCCUUCAGCAACCGGGAAUAAUAAACCUCAAUCUCGGUGGAGGCGGUGACGCUGUGGCGCCUCAGACGCCCUAUGUGAAACCCGCGUUCUGUCACGACCUUGAUUGUCCAAAAUACACCGUCAUGGAAACUAAUGAUCAAUUCGAGAAGCGCCGCUACGAACCGUCUGUCUGGGUGGCCACAUCCCUGUACACCUUCAACUACACCAAGGCACAGAACGACCUGAUGUUCUAUAAACUCUUCCACUAUAUCUCCGGGAAUAACUCUGCAAAUCAAAAGAUCGCUAUGACCGCCCCUGUGGUUACGGAAAUAGUUCAUGGACCAGGCCCGGACUGUGAGAGUAACUUCACCAUGCACUUUAUGGUGCCCUUUGACCUUCAGGCAAACCCACCUGCACCCACAGAGUCCUCGGUCUUCAUCAAGAGAGUCCCUGAGAUGACCGUCUAUGUUAAAUCUUACAGCGGGUUUAGCAACGACGCAUUGAAGCGCCAGAAUCUUGAGGAAGAGGUAAACUCCCUCGAUUCCAUGAACCGGAAGUACUCCGAAAGCGUCUUCCUUACCGCCUCAUAUGAUGGUCCUUUCGCCUUUGUCCGGCAUAACGAAAUAUGGCUCGUCGCCAUGUAG